AUGGAGAUGGAGGUUCCCAUAUGGAAUUCUCAAAACUCUAGAUCUUGCGUUGUGCUCGGAGGUCAGGGCUUUGUAGGAAGAUCUCUGGUCUUAAGACUUCUCAAGGUUGGAAAUUGGAUUGUUCGAAUAGCGGAUUACGCACAAUCGUUUCAUCUUGAUCCCGUGGAUCGUAAUGACUCUCUCAUUUGUGAUGCCAUCUCGUCCGGUCGUGCUUCUUAUCACCACAUUGAUGUUCGUGAUACUUCUCUCAUUUAUAAAGUAAUCAAUGGCUCUUCUACUGUAUUUUACCUAGAAAGAAGUGACAUACAACAAUGUGAUGUUUCUCUAUGUCACGCAAUCAUAGUACAAGGUGCAAGAAAUGUAACCAAGGCAUGUAGAGAGUGUAAAGUCAGGAAACUUGUCUACAAUAGCACUGCAGAUGUGGUAUUUGAUGGCUCCCAUGAUAUAGUCAAUGUAGAUGAGUCAUUCUUAUGCCAUGGCAAAGUUGAAGAUGCACUAAGUGACCUCAAGGCUCAAGCAGAAGCUAUCGUCCUUUCAGCUAACAACAUUGAUGGUGUUUUGACGUGCGCUCUUCGCCCUAGUAAUAUCUUUGGUCCACGUGAUACAGAUCUUGUGUGGUUUUGGACACGUUUAGCUAAAUACGGAUUAACAAAGAUUAUUGCAGGAAGUGGUGACAAAAUAUCUGAUUUCACUUAUGUUGAAAAUGUUGCUCAUGCCAACAUAUGUGCAUCAGAAGCUUUAGAAACUCAAAGAAUUUUUGUGGGAGGAAAGGCAUUCUUUAUCACCAAUGAAGAACCCAUACAAUUUUGGGAAUUUGUUUCUAUGAUAUUAGAUGGCCUACGUUGUCCACGGCCUUUAAUAAAGCUUCCUGUCAAAGUGGCACGAUAUUUUCUCGCAACAAUCAAAUGGAUAUCCAUUAAACUUGAAUUCAAAAAAUUCAACCAUUUGCAAAUAUCUCGAGUUUUCAAUCUAUCCAUACACAACCGAACGUUUAAAUGCACUGCUGCACGAGAUCAUAUUGGAUAUUCUCCCAUUGUCACGUUGGAUGAAGGGAUUUCAUUAACCAUUAACUCAUUGACACACUUGGAAUUGGAGUCAUAUCUCACGCGAUGUGGCAAUGAAAAAAGGCAUUCAAAAGCUCAUAAGCUACUCGGCAGUGGAAAAGUGGCCAAAAUUCUGCUAUGGAGAGACAUGAAGAUAACCUUAACCUGGUUGCUCGUCAUUGCAUUCCUCUUUUACUGGUUCCUGCUCUCUGAAAGAACAUUAAUCUCGUCUCUCGCCAAACUCUUGCAAUUGGUCACAGUUAUCCUCUAUUUUUGUUUCAUGGCCCCAAUCAAAAUGUGUCUAUUCACUAAGAAAAAUCAGCCUGCAUCUUGGUUUCAAAAUUCAGAGUCAAUGGCUAAAGAUUUAGUAACAUUUAUGACCUACAUAUGGAAUCGAGCAAUUUUAAGCACGAAGUUAUUGGCUCAAGGUCGUGAUUGGAGUAGAUGUUCAAAGAUUUUACUUUCAGUGUAUUUGGGGAAAAUACUUAUGAUGCGAUCAGUGACUGGGACACUAGGUGUAGCUAUGAUUAUUGCCUUCACAAUGUUCUAUGUUUACGAGCAAUAUGAAUUGCAAAUUGACGCACUUACGAGAGUAUUACAGCGAAGAGUCAAAAAGCUGAUGAUCAUAGAGAACCAAAAUGGUCCUAACGUGAGUAAGACCAGAUGACGCAGUGUAAUCGAAGGACGACAAGGAUUGGUGAUUUUGUCUUGUAUAUUUUCUAUAUCAUUCUCCUAUAUCUGUACUUAGCAUUAUAUUUCGACUUAGUUUUUGGUACUUGUGUUUUGGCACAAUAGAUUAUGGUACACAACAUAUUUGGAGUUGGUUAAAGAUA